GCUUCCACCCCCUCCCCCAGAUGGCAAGCAGUCCUUUAUAUGUUAAAUAGGUUACAGUAUAUCCUAGAUACAAUAUAUGUGUGCAGAACCGAACAGUUCUCUUGUUGCACAGGGAGAAUUGGAUUCAGAAGGUAUAAAUAACCCGGGAAGAAAAACAAAAAUGCAAGCAGUUUAUAUUCAUUUCCCAAUGUUCUUUCUUUGGGUGUAGCUCCUUCAGACAGAGGAAAUUAAAUGACUACUGUUAAGGUUACUUUGGCCUUUACAUCAAAAGAGGAAGUUGAACACAGAUCUUCAGACUCCAUGAUCAGUGCUUUCUCUAUGUUGCACUGGAUUCUCUUUUUCUUCCUCGUCUUUACCUUAAUGGUAAAAUGGUCAUUUAAAGCAACAUCCUGAAGCCUAACUAUCAGAGGUGACUGGCUUAAGAAAGUUUGGUUAAUAGUUAAGAAAUUAGAUCUCAUCCAUUGUAGUCCCCAAGAGAUAAAUAUUGUAAUUGAUUUGGGAGCAAUGAGUUUGGAUGAUUCACAGAAUCAAAGAAUCUCAGAGUUAAAAAGUAAGUCGACUUAUUGGUAUCACCCUCUUCAGACAUGGGUUGAACUAAGUGGUCUCUUAAGAGCCCUUCCACAUCUAAAAGUCUAGAAUUCUGUAAGAAUUUGGGGAGCGAAGAAGAAGGGAUCAGGGUGAGGAGAGAUUUUGAUUAUAAAUGAAAUGACUAACCAUCUUCUUCAGUUAAGGCUACAAGGUCCUGACUAUCUAUCUAUAUCUGUAUAUAAGUAUACAGAUAUAGACACACACACACACACACACACACACACACACACACACACACUUAUAUCCCUUGUGCUGAGUGAGGAAUGUAAAGCAUAAAGAAGGGCUACACAAGAUAGCAAGGAGAUGCCCCAGAAACACUGAAUAAUAAGAACUAGGUAUUUCUGGAAAAUUGACAUACAGUGACAUUCUUAUCUAUGCCUUCAGGUCAAUUCAACAGACAUUUAUUAAGAUCUUUUUUUGGAAGGGGGGCAUCAUGACUUAGUGUUUAAUGGGUGCUGGGCUUAGAGUUAGAAAGUCCAGGCUUUGAUGCUUCCUAUUUGAAUGACUCUGAAUAAACCUUUCUGUGUCUCAAGCAGCUUGUGAUCCCUAUUGAUGGAGGAAGUUCUCCAAGCUGAUGAAAUCACAGCUCCUUUCCAUCUUAAUAAGUUAUUGUACUUUAUCCUAACUCUAUUUUAGUAUUUCCCUUUUCUGAAUUUCUGUAGGGCAACCCAAUUUUCUGUCCUUUUCCCCCAACUAAAGAUGGUUAGCUUGGCCUGUGUCUCCCUCCAGUGGUGGUUACAUGACAGGCUCAGUGCCCCACUGAACUUUGUCAGUUAUCAUCUAAAUCACUUUCCCUCUUAAAAAAAUAAAAACAAACAAAAAACCAAACUUAAGCCCCCUCAGAUCUCUAAUACUGGGGACAUAGACUGGGGUGAGACUAGGGCAAUCAAAAGGAAAAGAGGUAACUAGGGUUAGAAGAGGAGGGAAGGAGGAAAAAAAGAGUGACAAUAAAGCCUUUGCCACAGGAGAUGGUCUACAUGGAAAAAUGACCAAUAGGGAAAUUACAUGUACAGAUUCAUUCACUAAUUCAAGUUAGUUUGCCCAUAUUCAGCCAUUACCUUGCCCUUUUCCCCUAUCCUCCCCCACCACACAUAGAGGUGUUGUCACACCAAGUCACCAGGCAGCCUCACACCCAGAGGUUGCAGACACUUAAUUCCUCGGGGCAGCCACCCUAGUUAAGGCACUGAGGUAAUCUGGUCCAGCUCUCUGCCUUCAGGAGAGGUCCCCCUGCAAGGCUAGUCUGUAGAUGGGGUUUAUUCUCAGAGAGCUCCACUAAAAAACCACUUGGGUCUUCCUUGGUUCAUUGGUUUCCAGCUCCUCAGAAAAGGACUUCUAAUUUAUGAAGUCUGGUUUAGUACACGGGAGACCUGGAGACCCAAGCCACUUCCCUACAGAUAGGGGGUCCAUCUCCUUCCCAGGUCAGUGAAGGGAAACUGAGGCAAAGGAAGACGCGAGGGAAGAGGCAAGGGAACGGGGCUAGGUGAUGCUGGCCAAGUUUAGCGGCUCCGCAGCUGGCCUGGAUGAAGCGGGAGCCAGUGAUGGAGAGUUAAGCUUAGCUUAGAGAUCACCCCGUUCCGGGAUCUGAAGGGCUGGUGUCAGCACCUCCCUCCCAGAACCCUCAGGGGUGGGGCGUUCUUAGGGCAGGGCCAACUCUGGGGGCGAAGCCAAGAGUAGCAGCAUGCUAAACAGAGUGCGCUCCGCCGUGGCGCACCUGGUCAGCUCCGGGGGUCCACCGGGGUCUGGGUCCAAAGACCUCCCUGCUACAGAGUCGCCUGUCCCCACUGCUCCCCCAACGGCACCCCGAAGCCCUCCGGCGGGGGCUGAAAGCGGAAGCAGAGCAUUUGGGGGCGCUGUGGAGAGUCGGGGCAGUUUCUCUCGACCCACCUUCUUGCAGCUGAGCCCGGGGGGGCUAAGACGGGCGGAAGAUCACGCUGGCCGGGUCGUGCAGAGCCCCCCGGAUACGAGCCGCCGCCUGCCCUGGAGAACUGGCUAUGCCGAGGUCAUUAACGCAGGCAAGAGUCGGCAUAAUGAGGACCAGGCAUGCUGUGAGGUGGUUUAUGUUGAAGGCAGACAGGCCAGAAUGGGUGGGCCAGGGAAAUCCAUCACAGACCAGGGCCAACAGGGUCUCUGCUUCCACUACUGGGGCCUGUUCGACGGCCAUGCAGGGGCUGGGGCAGCAGAGAUGGCCUCGAGACUUCUUCAUCGAUAUAUCCGGGAACAGCUUCGGGGCCUGGUGGAGAUCCUGCAGGACCCUGCUCCCCCCCCUCUGUGCCUUCCAUCCGAUACUGAGGCUUCUGUCUCCUUGGAGUCCUCAUGUCCCGGUGGGUCCCAGCCCUGCUGGCCAUUGCAGAAAGAGGUGACCCACGAGAGCCUGGUAGUGGGAGCCAUUGAGAACGCCUUCCAGUUCAUGGAUGAGCACAUGGCACGAGAGCAGAGGAGUCAGCAUGCAGUCGGUGGUUGCUGUGCCCUGGUUGUGGUCUACCUCCUAGGGAAGAUGUAUGUGGCCAACGCUGGAGACAGCAGGGCUAUCAUUAUUCGAAAUGGAGACAUCAUUCCAAUGUCUCGGGAGUUUACCCCUGAGACAGAAAGACAAAGACUGCAACUCCUUGGUUUCCUGAAGCCAGAGCUACUGGGCAAUGAGUUCACCCACCUCCAGUUCCCCCGGAGAGUCCAGCCAAAAGAGCUGGGUCAACGAAUGCUGUAUCGAGACCAGAGCAUGACUGGCUGGGCCUAUAAAAAGAUCGAACUGGAAGAUCUCAGGUUUCCCUUGAUUUGUGGAGAAGGCAAAAAGGCUCGGGUAAUGGCCACCAUCGGAGUGACCCGAGGUUUGGGUGACCAUAAUCUAAAAGUGUGCAGUUCUACUCUGCCCGUCAAACCCUUCCUCUCCUGUUUCCCGGAGGUACAGGUAUAUGACCUGACCCAGUAUGAGCACUGCCCAGAUGACGUCUUAAUCCUGGGAACAGAUGGAUUAUGGGAUGUCAACAGUGACAAAGAUGUGGCUGCCACUGUGGACAAAGUGCUAUCUAGCUACGAGCCCAAUGAUCCCAGCAGGUACACUGCACUGGCCCAAGCCCUGGUCUUGGGGGCCAGGGGCAUCUCCAGGGAGCAGGGCUGGCGGCUCCCCAAUAACAAAAUGGGCUCUGUUGAUGAUAUUUCUGUCUUCGUCAUCCCAUUAGGGGGGCCUGGCAGCUAUACUUAAGGGGCCCAGGCCCCUCCUCCCUCAGCCUCUUCAGAAUCCGGCUCCAGCCCAGCCCAGACCUUGCAGCUGGUGCCAUAAUACUGUUCGGUAGGACUUUCACUGGGCAGGGAUUGUCAGCUGGUUCUAUCUUACCCAGGGAUGUGUGUAAAUAAAUCAAACGGAUCCAAAAA